AUGCACAUUCCAAAGCUGGCUGCACUAGCUGCGGCGGCGGCUCUCGCCAACGCGCAAGUGACCGGCCCUCGACGCUCCCCAGAGUGGGAAGCAGCCUACGCAAAAGCUGAAGCCGCUCUUGCGCGCCUCUCACAGAGCGAAAAGAUCGGUAUCGUCACCGGCGUGGGAUGGGACAAGGGCCCCUGCGUUGGCAAUACCAGUCCGGCUUCCUCCAUCGGCUACCCACAGCUCUGUCUGCAGGACGGACCUCUGGGCGUACGCUUCGCCACCAGCGUCACGGCUUUCACGCCUGGCAUCCACGCCGCGUCAACAUGGGACAUCGAGCUGAUCCGACAGCGAGCGGCAUACAAAGCUUCCGAGGCGAGGGGCAUCGGCGUACACGUCAUGCUCGGACCUGCGUCCGGUGCGCUGGGCAAGAUUCCGGCAGCCGGACGGAACUGGGAGGGGUUCGGUCCCGACCCGUACCUCAUGGGAAUCGCGACGCAGGUCACCAUCCAAGGAAUGCAGUCUGCGGGCGUACAGGCGACAGCUAAGCACUUCAUUGUCAACGAACAAGAGAUCAAUCGUGAGACGAUGAGCAGCAACGUCGACGACAGGACGAUGCACGAGUUAUAUCUCUGGCCGUUCGCCGAUGCGGUUCGGGCCAACGUGGCAUCGGUCAUGUGCUCCUAUAACAAGGUCAACGGAACGUGGGCAUGUGAGAAUGAUGCAGUCAUGAACAAGCUUCUCAAGCAAGAGCUUGGAUUCCCCGGAUACGUCAUGACGGAUUGGGCUGCCACGACGGGGACAGUGAGCGGCGCCAACAGCGGCCUGGACAUGAUGAUGCCCGGCAGCGACUUCAACGGCGGCACGAUCCUCUGGGGCCCCCAGCUGCAAAGAGCCAUAGACAACGGCCAGGUCCCCCAAUCGAGAGUGAACGACAUGGUCCGUCGCAUUCUUGCUGGAUGGUACCUACUCGGCCAGGACAAGGGAUACCCGGCCGUCAACUUUGGUGCCAACGUGCAGGCGAACCACAAGGAGAAUGUACGUGCGGUCGCCAGAGACGGCACGGUACUGCUCAAGAAUGACGGAAAGAUCCUGCCCUUGAAGAAGCCGAAGAAGAUUGCCGUCAUCGGGUCGUCGUCGGUCAACAACCCGCAAGGCAUCAACGCGUGUGUCGAUCGUGGCUGCAACGUCGGCACUCUGGGCAUGGGAUGGGGUUCCGGAACGGUAAACUACCCGUACGUGGUGGCGCCGCUUGACGCGAUCCGGGCGCGGGCCCAACAGGACGGCACACAAGUUACCGCCAGCAGCACGGAUAACACUAGCCAGGGAGCAUCGGCAGCCAACGGGGCGGACGUGGCGUUUGUCUUCAUCACAGCCGACUCGGGAGAGGGAUACAUCACCGUCCAAGGCAACCAGGGCGACCGCAACAACCUGGAUCCUUGGAAUAACGGCAACGAGCUCGUGCGCGCCGUGGCGGCCGUCAACAAGAACGUCAUCGUCGUCGUCCACAGCACGGGACCCAUCAUCCUCGAGACCAUCCUCGCGCAGCCUGGCGUCAAGGCGGUUGUGUGGGCCGGUCUGCCGUCGCAGGAGAAUGGCAACGCGCUCGUCGACGUCGUCUGGGGCGCCACCAACCCCAACGGAAAGCUCCCAUACACUAUCGGAAAGAGACCAGAAGACUACGGCACUGCCGUGACAAGAGGAAACGACAACUUUGCCGAGGGACUGUUUAUCGACUAUCGACACUUUGACCAGGCUAACAUCCAGCCGCGGUACGAGUUCGGUUUCGGGCUGUCGUACACCAACUAUACCUACUCGAACAUCCGCGUCACCUCGACGGCAUCAUCUGGGCCGGCGGUGGGCCAGGUGGUUCCUGGCGGACGGGAGGACCUUUUCCAAGAAGUAGCCACAGUGACGGCAGUAGUGACCAACAGCGGAGGCGUCGCGGGUGCCGAGAUCGCACAGCUAUAUAUCACGCUCCCGCCCGGAGCGCCAGCGGCACCGCCGAAGCAGUUGCGUGGCUUCCAGAAGCUUAAGCUCGCGGCGGGUCAAUCGGGCACGGCGACGUUCAACCUUCGGCGCAAGGAUCUCAGCUACUGGGACGUCCGCAGCCAGAACUGGAUCGUGCCGGCUGGGACGUUCAAGGUCAGGGUCGGCGCUUCGAGCAGAGACAUUCGGCUGGAGCAGAACUUGGUAGUGUCGUAG